ACAUACAAGCCUUUCCUCUCAUUUGCCUACCCAUUCCCCAAGAAUUAUUUCACUUUACAGUACAGUGGGAGUCUCUCACACAGUCUCAACACUCUGCUACACUAAAUCCGAAGGAGCAUCUUUAGGGCUAGAAUUUACCAGCAGAUGGGAAUGGAACUUACCAAAGCGCUCCUCUCGCGGCUAACACCCAGAACGGAAUAUUUGUUACUUUCUCAGCCUCACUACCACUGGCGGCGCGGAGCCGGAGCCGGCGGCGGGGCGAAGCACGGCCCGCCCCGCGGGCGCCGGGCGCGCGUCAUCAGCGUGCGCCGGAGAGGCGGCGAGGCCGGCGGAGCUGCGGGAGCGGCGGGCGGCUCGUCCGGGUGUUCUCUCCGCUGCUGGGCGGUGCUGGUGCGGCCGUGGUGGGCAGGGAAGGGCCGGGACCAGGCUCGUGGGCUUCGCUUCUGCGUGCCAGACCCGCGGGACGGAGAACAUGGAUUCACAGAAGGAUGUUCAGCCUCCAAAGCAGCAGCCAAUGAUUUACAUUUGUGGAGAAUGUCAUACAGAAAAUGAAAUAAAGGCAAGAGAUCCUAUCAGGUGCAGAGAAUGUGGCUACAGAAUAAUGUACAAGAAAAGGACAAAAAGAUUGGUAGUUUUUGAUGCUCGAUGAUGUCUGCUGAAGAUAGUGACUUCAUGAUACAAUCUUUCUGAUAACUUUGUUCUGUAAAACUGUUUGUGUGUAAAUGCACGCUCUUAUUUGUGUUUUAAGAGAUUGAAAUAUUAAAGUUCAUUAUAAAACUAAA